ACAAUUAUAGUUCCAUAGUUUCGAUAGUACAGAGUUUCUGGCAAACACGUUUGUGGUGAACUAUAUAACAAGCACUCGUCAACUAUAUUUUUAAUUCAUUAGACCUUUCUAACCCUGAUGUGGCGUCCCGCUAAGACUGCAGAGGAAACAGCAAAAUGAAAGGCAGAAAGAGGGAUUUCAGCGUCGAGUUAAAAUCCAGGAUAGAUUCACAAGACAGCAAAAUCUUCAAUCCUACGUCACGGAAACGAGUUCUAAUCAAAGUUGGGGGACGAAUAUUUGAGACGUGGGAUGAAAACCUGAGAAAUCAUCCGUCGACACUUUUGGGCAGCGACGAAAAGGAAUUGUAUUUUAACCCACAGACAAAGAUGUACACAUUCGACCGCGAUCCACAAAUGUUUCGACACAUCUUAAACUAUUACAGGAUUGGUAGACUUCAUUAUUCCAUAGACUACUGUGCGGACGAGUUUCGCGACGAACUGUCAUUUUUCAGGAUAUCAAUUAAUGCAGUGGACAAUUGUUGCUGGGAUGAUUACCGUCAGCCUAAAAGUAUUAACAUAAAUAAAGUCUUUAAUAUGGAAGAUUCCGGGGAUGAAGUGGACCCGGCGAAGGAAACCAUACUGGUCAAAAUAUGGAACAUAUUCGAUAACCCAGAGAAAUCGGUAUUUGGUGGAGUGUGGUACUAUAUAUCAGGGUUAAUGAUCGCAUUGAGUAUUGCUUGUACCGUGGUAGAAACUGUACCUCCACCCUGUGAAGAUAAAUUGAUUUGUAGCAUAGAACACGCUAAAUUAUGUAAUAAACCAUUCAACGAAUCAUCUUUUGGAACAACUAUUGACUCAGCCAUUAACAGCAAGGCCUGUUAUGAACUACGAGACUACCUGACAUCAAAAGAAAACGUAUUUUUUAUUCUGGAAAGUAUUUGCGUUGGUGUCUUUACGUUUGAAUACCUGGCUAGAUUCAUAUCAGCUCCUGACCGAUGGGAGUUUGUCAAGUGUUUUAUGAGUAUGGUAGAUUUAAUAUCCAUUCUUCCUUACUAUUUGGGUAUUAUACUAGAUAUAUUUCAACUUAGUAUUGACAGUCUUGGAGCUUUGGUGCUACUGCGAGUGCUCCGUGUAUUCCGCGUUCUCAAGUUCACACGCCAUAGUAGCAGGCUACGUAGCCUUUUGUUUGCUAUUCGUCGCUCGGCAUCAGAGCUCGGCUUCAUUGUCUUUAGUUUAUCUCUUGGCGUCAUUUUGAUUUCAAGUUUGUUGUAUUACGUGGAGAAGGACGGUCCAGCGGCUGACUUUUUUAACAGCAUCCCAGCAGCCAUGUGGUACUCAGUGAUUACUAUGACAACCACAGGGUAUGGAGACUGUGUUCCCAGUACAUCGUUUGGUAAAAUCGUUGGUAGUGUUGGUUGUAUAGUGGGGGUACUCAUGAUUGCACUACCUGUGCCCAUCAUACAGAAAAAGGCAAAUCUCCAAAUGGGUUUACUAGAUGAAGUCGACGAAGCAUUUUCUAAAGAAUAAUUGCUGCGAUCAGUGUGUAACUAUUAUGUGAACACAUAUCACUAGAUGACAUAUGGCUUAAUUGUAAUUAUAGGCUUGGAUUAUAUUGGUUAUUUAAAGUCUGUAUCAACCUCGAGGGGG